AAUGGCAACAGAGGCAGUUUCUUCCACUCCUGUUGAAGGAACAAAGAAAACAUUAACUAUUGUUGUCAUUUACGCCAAAGAAGACGGGGACGAGGCAAGCACUUUUAAGGAACAUUUACAGAAUGACAUAUUACAAUCAGAAAGAAACUUAAACGUUGAAAUCAAAAUGCUUAAUGACACCGAAAUAAAAAGUUUAGAAGAAUCCUCAGAGGAAGCUAGAUUUGCAUUUCUUCUCCUAACCAAGGCAUUCUGUGAGGACUCGUGGCCCAGGGUUUCACAAGAGAAUUACAUCAGGGCUCUGUUAUAUGGGACUGAGGGUAAAAGUACCUUAGUACCGAUAUUUACAAAAAACAGAGGAACCGCUGACUUCAGGAUCCCAAUGGGACUGAACAUAUUGAAAGGACUUCGAUACUGUGAUCGAGACGAAUUUUACAAAGCAUCUAUGAUCAAAUUAUUGUUUAACUGA